AUGUCGAAGAGGUUGACCGAAGAAAUGGUGAUUGCCCGAACAAAAUGCUCCGACCUCAGUCAAGUCAAAAGAAUAAAUUGCUGGGGCAGCGAAUUGAUAGACGUUUCUUUGCUGAGAAAAAUGCCCUCACUUGAAGUUGUGGCUUUAAGCAUUAACAAAAUAAACAGUUUGGCGGAUUUCCAAUUCUGCACGCUGUUGGAGGAAUUGUACGUCCGGCAAAACGACAUCAGGGAUUUGUGCCAGGUGAUGUACCUGCAGUGCCUGCCCAAUUUGAAGAACCUGUGGCUCGAACAGAACCCGUGCUCGAGCGUCGAUGGGUAUCGAUUGGCGGUGCUGAGGGCCCUUCCGCAGCUGCAGAAACUGGACAACGUCCAGGUGACGGCGGAAGAGCGAAAGGAAGCCCAAAGGCGCGGCAAGGCGCUGAUACACCCGGAAGAUUCGCAGGAGGAGAGCGAAGACGAGUACGCCUCGUCGCCUCAGCAUAGAGUCGUCAGAUCCAGGGAGCAAUAUUCGGAAACUGAGUCGAGUCCGUUGCGCCAGAGCCCCAUACCUUCGGCCAGGGAUGAGACUACUGAUUACGAAGAGCUCGAGGAAAACGAAGAUCAUUAUUUGAAAGACAAUGGCUCGGAUGCGAAUCACGCGCUAUCGCCCACGAGACAGAGCCCACCGCCCUUAAGAGAUGCGAACAGGAGAAAUUAUUCGCCGGAACUUGGUUAUGCAGAUAAAAGACAGGUCAAAUACGAAAGGGAAUCGCCACCUCGACACCACCAACAGCAGCAAUAUUAUGAGAAAUCAUCUCCUACUAACAACGCAUCAUUUGAGGAACCGGUAACUGAAACCACUAACUUUAAGGAAACAAAGCUGGUUAACAGCCAAUCAGCGAAUUGUAUUAAGGAAUACUCAAACGGCGAAAAAUACACUCCAUCGUAUUCCGGAAGCGAAUAUUCAGUUCCGCACGCAGUGGAACGAAAAGAACGUUACGGUUGUCCCGCUUCGGCGCACCGACCCCCAUUUGCUAGGAGGCCCGUAACGAGGAAUUCGAAUAUCCUCUCCGCGGUGUUGUGCUUGGUGAAAGAAUUGGAUUAUCCGAGUUUGGAAGUGGUGGAUAUGGCGAUUAGGUGUAGAAUGGACGAAUUGGUGGAAUGA